AUGCUAGUUUAACAAUAUCGAUAAUUGCCUCCACCAUCAAGGGAACUUCCUCCUAAUUUGAAUUAAGCUCACUUUGAUCAGAAAAUGAGAUUCCAAUAGUAACAUAUUCAAGCUAGAGUGAUUGAGGAGAGACCCAAUUUUCAAGAGAUGCAAGGAGGAUAACCACCGAUGAAACCUUGGUUAGGAGAAGAUGUCUACAUGGUAGCGUUCUUGUUAUCAGUGGAAAACGACAGAUUGAGAGAAGAGAAUGGAAGGAUUGGAGAAUAUGUGAAUUAGAAUGAAUUAAAAUUUAAGGGAGUGGACUUAAUUGAAGGAGAAUUAAUUUAAUUGAGAAAUAAAAUAGGAGAUUAUGAGAAAAAGAUUGCUUAACUACAAUACGAGAGCGAAUAAUGGAGAGUGAAAUGCGUUAACAGAGAAAAAGAAAGUGAAGAUUAACGCUAUUAGAAAGAAUUACAAAGGAGGAUCUCUAUAGAUAGGGAGAUAAGGGAGUUGACAGCCAGAUUUAUAUCAGAUAGGAAUCAAUUGGAAAAGGAGAAUAGACAAUUGAGAACUGAAUUGGAUAGUUUAAAGUUAUCUAAAAGCAGCGUAGAAGAUAUAAUGAGAUAGGCAGAUAUUGUUUAGAAAGAGAAUCAUAGAUUGAAAUAAGAAUUAGACAAUCUAAGAAAAGGUUUUGAUGAAUUAGAGUAUGUACUUAAAACAGCUGCUGAUUUAGAAGCUGAGAACAGUCACCUGAAAUAAUAGAUUGAAGCUCUUUAAGUUUAAUUCUAGCAUCACCAAUUCAAAGGGUUGUUGUCAAUUCAACAAAUUUAUGUAAGAAUUAAGAUAUAUUAUUUAGAAAAUUCGAACAACUUGGAAUCAGAAAUCAAGAGGUUGAGGGAUGAAAAUGAUAGAUUGAAAGUAAUGUUAAAUCUAGGUCAGGCAACACGACCUUAGCCUUUUAUGUGA